AUGACUGCUUCAAAAUCCAAGACGUUUACAUCUUCCACAACAAAACGACGAAAUCGUUCUGAAAUAGAUACAACAGGUCGUCGUUCAAUUUUUCAAGUACGCGGCGUUUCAUACCCUCCACGAAGACGCGCAAGAUCUAAUAAACAAAAUUUCCAAAUCGAAAACAACGAAAAUGAGAUUUCCGAAGAAGUCAUUCGAAUGUUUGAAACCCAUAUUGACGUGAUUGAAGAAAAAGUAAACGUUCUAACCGAAUCUUCUGUUAUCCAAAACACUUUGGGACAAAUUUCUGAUAAAUUGAAUACUAAAGUAAAUUUGUUUUCAGAAUUGAGUACCGAAGAACUAUUGAAAUUAACACGGAGUUUGAGUUUACUUAAUAAUGAUUAUGCAGAGCAGAAUAUGAAUACGAUUGAACCAAUAGAGCAGCAAAAUGAAGAACAGAGAUUAAAAUUACAACAAACUUUUUUGGUGGAAUUGUGCAAUAAUACACUUUUAAAUGAUAAUAUAUUUAGAAAUCGGAUAGAUUCGCUUCUAGUAGCAUCUAUCAAUUGCUGA